CUCGCCUCAGGCCCGCGGUGUCUAAACUCCGUUGAUUAAGGAGAUUGCAGCCUCUCUCGACCCUCAGCAGCGCUGCCCUCUUGUGUGGCUUUCUGGGAACAAAAGCCAGGAUGGACGUUCAAACAUGGCAUCUGAGAGCUGCAAAGCUGGCUCUAGCACUGGCAAUUAUCCACUCCAAGCCAGCAGACAAAAGCAGCAGAGAAUACACAGAGCACCUUGCAGCACUGGCGUCCGAGCAGGAUGCAAACUGCAGAUCAAAAGUCGAAGCCUUGGAAGCUGAAGUUCUGCAAUUGCGUCAAGAAGUUCUUCUGAGUAGGAUUUGCUCGGAAUUGUUUAAGGGCGGAAACCCAUCUUCCCAGGAACCUAAAAGUUCCGACAGUACAUUAACUCCAAUGGAAGAUUCUGGGUAUGAUUUAUCAAGUGAGUGGGAAACAGAACUUUCAGAGUUACCCCAGCACUUUGUGAAGAGCUGCAACCCCUCACCCUUUCCACCACUGUCUUUUGUGAAAAAAGCCCAGGCCUCCCCAGAAAAUCCUCUGUCUUCUCACAUGAAAUUUUUGCAACAUCUUCUUGCACUAAAGAACUUGACUGAAUCAGGUAGCCUGGCGGUAACCCGUGCUGAAAAGGACUCUUCCACCAUCUCUGAUUCUGUUUCUCAGAUGCUUGAUGGCCUGAUCACAUUUUACCGUGAUCCCAAACUUCCUUUUUCACGGUUUUGGACAGAAGCUAUUGAAACUUUAGCAAGACUGAUCGAUGAUUGUAACCUCUCUAACCAUAUUGUGAAAAAAUGUUCUAAGAAGUUGGAAGAAUUUGAAAAAACCUUACUGCAGGUUCUUACAGGAAGAAGCCACAUAAACCGGUUUCAGGAGCAGCGUUAUGUCUCUCAGGAUCUGGUAACCCUAGGAAGUUGCAGCUUGUUGAGAAAGUCUAUUAUAUCUCUACUUCUCUCAGAAAUAAACUGCUUUGUUGACGAAUUGAGAGCCAUCGAUCAGGUGCAAGUCAGUUAUGAUGUGGCACGCUAUGAAAAUGUUUUCUCCCUAUUGUGGGUUUUGGAACAGCUUCUUCUAAUGGAAAACAAAGAAGACCACACUUCAGGUACAGGGCACGACCAAGAAAUUAAGAAAUAUCUUCAGAAGCAUGAUGAAGCUAUCUUUCAGCUUUCUGAUACAUUUCCAUUAUUUACUUUUUAUUUAUGGAGACUGGGCAUUCUCUUAAAUUCAGCAGAGACAGCAACUGCUGAAAAUAACUCAGUUUCUCAGAAUUUUACCAAAUAUUAG